UACUGCUGCUCCAUGACACGAUUUGCAUGUCUCUCCUGAUUGGCUGGUGGGCAGUUCUGAUUUUUUUCCUGCAUGUUAUUCCGAUCAUGUGACUCCCAGACGACAACACACAGACCCUCGGUCUUUGACCAGUGUUUCAGUAGGGAUGUGCUCCUCUCAUCCUGCCGUGCUCCUGCUCCUGAAUGGGAUCAUCCUCGUGUCAGGGCUGCGGCUGGAGACGGCCUCCUUUUCCCAGGGGCCUUUCCUCGCGGUGUGGAACGCCCCCACUCUCGACUGCCUCUCCCAGCACGGCGUGGACCUCAACCUGGAGACCUUCAACAUAGUCCAGAACCAAAACCAGGUCUUCAUGGGUGACAACAUAACCAUCUUUUAUGCCGACAAGCUGGGUCGCUAUCCCAGGUACUCCAGCCAAGGAGGGGCUGUCCACGGCGGAGUCCCGCAGAACGCCAGCCUGGAGGAGCACCUCAGAGGGGCCUCUGAGGAUAUCCGCACCUACAUCCCUCACAGGGACUUCCAGGGCCUGGCAGUGGUGGACUGGGAGAGCUGGAGACCCGUGUGGGAGAGAAACUGGGACAGCAAGCAGGUGUACUGGGAGGCGUCGAGAGCUCUCGUGAGGUCCCGGCACCCGGACUGGGGCCCUGCGCAGGUGGACGCUGCGGCCCGGCUCAAGUUCGAGGCGGCAGGGAGGAAAUUCAUGGAGGACACACUGAAACUGGGGAGGGAGGAGCGACCGAAUGGGAUGUGGGGCUACUACGGUUUCCCAGACUGCUACAACUAUUACAACCAGGGCGCAAACUACACAGGGACGUGUCCGUCUGUUGAGAGGAGGAGGAACAACGAGCUGUUGUGGUUGUGGAACAGCUCCUCGGCGCUGUAUCCCGACAUCUACCUCAGCCUCAACAUGCGGGGCCUCAGCAGAGAAGUGUUCCUCUACACUCACCACCGCAUCCUGGAGGCCAUGCGGGUCGGGGCCCAGGUGACCCCGUCGCCGCCCAAUGUGUUCCCCUACACUCACAUCGUCUACACCUACACAUUAGAUUUUCUCUCUCAGGAGCACCUGGUCUACACCAUCGGAGAGAGUGCUGCCUUAGGAUCUGCAGGCGUGGUGCUCUGGGGCGACCACGCCUUCUCCAAAUCUCAGGCCACCUGUGAAGCUGUCAAGUUCUACAUCGAAGAGACCCUGGGCCCUUACCUGGUGAACGUGACGUCAGCAGCCGCGCUUUGCAGUCAGAUUAUGUGCUCCUCUCAGGGAAGAUGUCAGAGGAGGGACCCAAACUCAGGGGCCUACCUCCACCUCCACCCUGCGGCGUGGAAGGUGGUGUCCGAAAGGAGGCCCCACGGCGGGAAUCGCUACCGCGUUUUAGGACGAACGAGGGCACACGAGGUGACAUCCAUGAAGUCCGCGUUCCAGUGCAAGUGUUUCCCAGGGUGGAGUGGUGAGAGCUGCUCCGAGGCGACUCGGGGAUAAAAGGCUUUGCUUGAACGAGGUAAUCCAACGACAGAGCCGGUCUAAUAAAUGGUAGCAAAGUGCGUAAGAAAACGUGAAAAUGAACCACUGGGGUUUGUUUGGCCCAGAGGUAGUUUUCUGCUUGAGCGCAUUUGGUCUCUCGUGGAUGUACAUUUUUCUCAAUCUUUGACCAACGUGUUUUCUUAGGUAUAUUGCUUUCCCUAAUUUAUAUAGAAGAUAAUAGUUUAAUAAUAACUGUUCAUUUUGCCUUUUGUUACUUAAUUUGCACGUUUGAGCUUCAUAUAUAUAUAUAUAUAUAUAUAUAUAUAUAUAUAUAUAUAUAUAUAUAUUGUCUUCAAACAUGUCUGAGUAACAUCUUCAAUGUUAUUUGUAUUAAUAUUGUGGUUGCACUUUAGUUUUCAAAUAAACAGUAUUAA